AUGGUGGAGUCCAACUAUGAGUCAGCUAAGGAGAAGGCUAAGGCUAAAGUUGAAAAGGUGGCUGCUGUUAGCCUUACUUCUGACAUGUGGACAUCCAUCAACAUGGAUGCCUACCUGGCUGUAACAUGCCAUUUUGUGGAGCUGCCGUCCGAGGAAAAUGCGUCUUCCUCCAAAGUUGUCCCACUAAUGAAAAUGCUGGAGCAAAACCUUCAGGAGGAAAUGGCAAAGCCGGCACCUGCAGUGGCAUUGGAAAUGGGAGACCAGCUCAUCAGGCAACUACGGGAGAAACUUUAUAUUUUGCAGUCGAUGAGCAACAUGUCCCUUGCUACACUCCUGGACCCCCGAUUUAAAGUGAUUGGAUUUUUCAAUCACAAUUCAACUGCUCUCACUCUGGUGAUGGAGAACAGUGAACUCUGUUUCCCACAUCUCCUCAACACCUCAUGCAGGAGGCCAAAACAUUCUCACUCUGAGGCUAUUAUGAUUGAUAUGAUUUUCAUCCUGCUGUCCUUUAUUUCUCUGCUCACCGUGUUUCUCAACCUGCUGGUCAUCAUCUCUAUCUCCCACUUCAGGCAGCUCCAAACUCCCACCAACAUCCUCCUCCUCUCUCUGGCUGUCUCAGAUUUCCUUGUUGGCCUCCUCAUGUGCUUUCACAUUAUGUUCAUGGACGGCUGCUGGCUCCUCGGAGACGGUGUGUGUGUUAUGUAUCAGUUUUUGGCAUAUAUCAUCACCUCCUCUUCAGUAGGAACCAUGGUGCUCAUAUCUGUUGACCGCUAUGUGGCUAUUUGUGAUCCUAUGUUUUACUCCACAAAAGUCACAAUGAAAAGAGUUAAAGUCUGUGUUGCUUUAUGUUGGUUUUGCUCUUCAUCCUUCCAAGGUCUAAACCUUAGUGAUAACCUGAAACAUCCAGGCAGGUAUAACGCUUGCAUUGGAGAGUGCAUUGUUGUCAUUAACUACAUUGUUGGACUUGCAGAUCUUAUUUUAACCUUCAUUGUUCCCAUUACUGUUAUUAUUGUGUUGUAUACAAGAGUUUUUGUGGUGGCUGUGUCUCACGCUCGUGCCAUGCGGUCCCAGAUUGCAGCCGUCACACAUAGCUCUGCUAAAAGGUCAGAGAUUAAAGCAGCCGGUACUCUUGGAGUCGUUAUAGUUGUCUUUCUGUUAUGUAUCUGCCCUUAUUACUGUGUUGCUCUUGUGGGUGAAGACACCUUGCUCACUGCUUCAUCUGCUGCCUUUGUCAUAUUUUUGGUUUAUCUUAACUCCUGUUUGAACCCCAUGAUCUAUGCCUUCUUUUACCCCUGGUUUAGAAAAUCUAUUAAACUCAUUAUUACACUGAAGCUACUGCAGAGAGACUCCCGUGAGGCCAACAUGCUGUAG